AUGGCGUAUGUUUAUACACUGAAAGCCCUGUAUCGCAAUUUUACGCCAGCACUGACGCAGAAGUGCAGAUUCGCAGCGGGCAAUUUGUUAUUCCAUACGCACCGAACAGAGUUAACCGUGCCGAGAGUGACCUUCCACGGGAGGCUUGGAUCACCUGCGUGCAAAUGUCACGCUCUGUGCGGUUUCCUUCAAUCACGCAGGGCUAUUACUCUUGACUUUAGGGCAAGAAAUAAAAGCCAGGAGCGAGAAAAUGAACAAAAAUCGGUUUACAAAUACCAGAGUGGGAGCCCAACGCCAUCAGCUACACGUAGAGUGAAGGAAGCUGGCCGCGAUUUCACUUAUUUGAUCAUUGUACUCAUCGGGCUUGGAGUGACAGGUGGUCUUCUGUACGUGGUCUUCCAGGAACUGUUUUCUUCCUCCAGUCCAAAUAAAGUAUACGGGAAAGCAUUCAACAAAGUCAAAUUAGACCCAGAGGUGAUCGGCGCCUUCGGAGAACCAAUAAAGUGUUACGGUGAGACAACUCGUCGAGGAAGAAGACAGCAAGUCAGUCAUAGGGAGUAUCUGAAAGAUGGAUUAAAGCACAUGAGACUGAAGUUUUACAUUGAAGGAGCUGAACCAGGUCUUAAAGGCACAGUACACUCCGAGUCAAAAGAGAAUCCUGAUUCUGGAAAAUAUGAGUUUCUUUACAUACUUGUUGAAAUAGACACCUACCCAAGGCGGACCAUCAUUGUUGAAGAUAACCGAUUAAAACAAAUCUAA